AUGGGGAUUUAUUCAUUUUGGAUUUUUGACAAACAUUGUAACUGCAUUUUUGAUAGGGAAUGGACGCUAACGUCAAGUUCCUCCAGUGGGACAAUCAACUCAAAGCAGAAUGAGGAAACUGCUAAGUUACUAUAUGGUAUGGUAUAUUCAUUAAGAUCAAUUACACAGAAGCUUUCAAAGGGUUCCAUUAAGAACGACGUGAGGAGCAUAUCAACGGGGAAAUACAGAAUCCAUACCUAUUGCACAGCUACUGGGGUUUGGUUUGUCUUGUUGACAGAUUUCAAACAGCAAUCGUACACACAGGUCCUACAGCAUGUUUAUAGCCACAUUUAUGUCAAAUUCAUUUCUAAUAACUUGUUUUCACCUUAUGAUUUUGCUGACAACGAGAGUGAGAUGAGAGGUCAAGGAACAAGAAAAAUAACGAAUAAAAACUUCAUCGAUUCAUUAAACGCAUUUUUGUCUCCAAUGGUGGGUCAAUAA